AUGGAUGCCAAGCCCAAGAAACUAUCCAACACCUUACAGGGGGCUGCCAGGCCUUUGCAGCAACUGAAUACAAGGAACGGCCUGAUGCAGUGGGAAAGAUCCUUCAUCAAGGGACUACCGCAAGAUAUCUACCAGACUGCUAAAGUAGCCAAGAUUCUUUUACUUAUGGAAAAAGGCAAGGGAAAUCGGUACCGAGGAAAAAAAUUAAGUGAAAUCAAUAUAGAUGAUAACGAAUACUAUAGCUCUGAAUACGAAGGCGAUGAAGAACUGAUUAUGCAGAAGGUGCUAAAGCGGGUUACAAGGGGAAAAAAACCUGAAGACGAAUUAGAUACUGGAGAUUCUGACAGAUAUGUGCAUCAGUCAACGGAACGUGAUCAACAUAAUGAAAACACAUUAUCAAGAAAUUAUUUUAAAAAGGCGACUAGUCCGUUUCACGAAUCUAACGAAGAAAAUAGUGAAGAACCACCAACAAAAAAAAACUAAAGAAUCAUCCACGAAAUCCAUCCAGAGAUUCAGAGCCAAAUGGUCAGAUAAUGAAAAACAAGUUUUACUUCCGUACUUUGAAAAACAUAUUGAAAAAAAAAUUACCCCUCGGAAACAUGAAUGUGACGAACUACUGAAACUACAUCCACACGUGUUCGAAAAUAAGGACUGGGUCCGAAUAAAAACAUAUGUGUAUAAUACAUUCCGUGAAAGGAAGUGAUUGCUUAUUUUUAUUUUUACUGAACCACAUACUCGUAAUAGAUUAUUUUUAGUUCCAAUAAAUUACUUUUAAAUAA